CUCGAAAACGAGAGCUCCUCCCAAAAGAAACAACUCCUCCGAAAAGAAGGCAGACCGCGUCGGGGGUUUUCUUCUUCCCCACUGCCGUCUUCCUCCCCUCCUUCGCUAAUGCUACGGAGGUAACGAUCUCGUCUCUCUCCUUUCAAUUUCGGCUCUGUUUCCAUUCGAUUCGCCGCUUCGAGAGUUCUGGUUCGAGACUCUUCGCGGUGGGAACCGUCGGAGCUCCCGCGUAUUCUAGGUACUGAAGCCUUUGCUGUUUGGAGUUUUGGAAGUGGAUAUUUUCAUUAAGGUCCAUUGUUAAAAGUUGUCUGGAACUUUCUAUGCCUCUCUAUAAAAGGAAACCCUUUUCCCUGGUGGAGUCACCGCAGCAUUUGGAUCCACAAGAGCUUGUUUUCCAAGUUCGUUUUACAAAGGAGAUAUUCCAGGAUUAUCAAAAAUAUUUGAAGCGAUUGAAUCUUUACCGCCAAAGAGUCUGGACAUGUAAAGUUACUGGGAAAACUAAUUUAACUUAUGAAGAAGCUUUUGUCUCAGAGCGUCGUGCAAUGGAGAAGGUUCAACAAUUCCCUAAGGAAUUAAUGGCUCCUGUACUUCAUAUGAUCCAAUACAGUUCUCUCAGUUUAAAAGAUCUUGUCAAUGAAAUUUACAUCAAGUUACAAGAACGUCUGUUUGAAGGCUUAGAAUUGCAUGGGAGGAAAGAACAGUCUGUUUUUGCAUGCAAAAUCUUGAUGAUUUUAGAUGAUGGACACAACAUGCAGUACAAAGUGGGUUGGGUUGAUAAAGGUAAGAAAGUAACUGACACUUCAAUAAUCAAGGCUGAAGAUCUGAUACGAAAGAAGCCACCAUUUAGUAGGAAUAUACUGAAAGCAUUUAUUAGAGAAUCAACUUCAAAGAGUGCCCCAUGGGUGGUUCAUGAAAAUCUUGCAAAGAAGCAUGGGAUUUCUACUGAAUUUCCUGAAGAAUUGAGGGAUAAGCUUACCAUUCGAAAUGGCAAAGAACGCAAGAAUGCAGGAAGAAACAAUAUUAUGGAUGCCGGGGAUAACAGAAUCAACAAAAAAAGGAAAAACACUAAAAAUGAAAAUUUGGAAGGCAUGGAUAUGAUCAAUAAAAAAAUAAAGAAAGGCCCUAAAUCUGCAGAGGAAGAAAAGAUGAAAGAAAAGCCAGUCAAAUACCCUAUUGAUGACCUCUUAGUGCAGCCUGGUGCAGAUGAUCCUGUUUUCACAGACCGUCCUACUCUGUCUACGGAUUUUUGUGUGCCUAUGGAUUGUCUUGGUGACCUCCUUAUGGUUUGGGAUUUUUGCUCUUCUUUUAACAGGUUGUUGCAUUUGUGGCCAUUUUCUCUUGACGAUUUUGAAAAUGCAAUCUGCCACAAGGACAGCAAUCUUAUGCUCAUUGUGGAAUUGCAUUCUGCAAUUAUCCGCUUGCUUAUUAAAGAUGAAAGUGACUAUUUCAUGGCUAUACAGAACAAAAAACGGAAGUUAAAGAUUACAUUAACCAACUGGUCUGAAUAUUUAUGUGACUUUUUGGAGAUGGAAGAUAGGGUAGAAUUAUCAAGCCAUGUGACAACUAUAAAACGGGGGCAUUAUGGUCUUCUUGACAUCUAUGUAAAACUGGGAAUUCUCCGAGAAUUGGUUUCAGAGGCUCUCUCAACUGAUGCUGUUAGAGAGAAGUUGGAUGACUGCAUUGAACAGCAGCAGGCACUUGCAGCCACAAGAAGGGAGGGAACUAGAAAGAAGAAAGAUGACCAGCAUCUGAAAGAAGAAGAGACUGACGUCAAAGAAAUGGAUCAGGAACACAUUGUGGGCAAUGGCAAAGAAAACUCAUGCAAUUCUGCUUUAGCACAAGGAACUAAGAGCGUUCAUUCAUUUAAGAACAACCACAUUUCACAAAAUGGAGAUAGUAAGUGUGAUUUAUCAAACUCUAGGGAAACUGCAAAUAAGCUGAGGAUGGAUGAUGGAGGUGGCAUGGAGAGAGUAAAGAGUUUAUCUGGUACCAAGGAUAAUAUGAAGGGACAGAGAAGAGGGAAGGACAAAGACAAAGAGGCUCGAGAGAAGAAACCUGAAGACCGGGAACGACACCUUGAAAGGGAGAUAGAGAAAUUAUCCAUACGUACUGCUUCAUUAGGGAAAGACAGAAACUACAACAGAUAUUGGUUCUUCAGACGUGAAGGUAGACUUUUUGUUGAAAGUUCAGACCAUAAGCAGUGGGGCUACUAUAGUGCCAAGGAGGAGCUCGAUGCACUUAUGGGCUCAUUAAAUCCAAAAGGUGAGAGGGAGAGAGCCCUUCAGAGACAGUUGGAGAAAUACUAUCAUAGGAUAAGUACGGCAUUACAGAAGAGAUCAAAAGAUGUUGCUCAAAAAAUCCUCCUUGAGGAAGCGGUGCUCAGGCGGUCUACACGUGUUCGGGCCCAACCGAGGGAUAGCCCAGCUAUGGCAUUCCUCAGGUAUGUUAACAAGUGGAAGGAGAAUUGAUAUAGCAAAUGUUGCUAGUAGGGGAUUAUAUAAUGGAUUGGCAAUUUCUGUUGCUGUGCCAAAUCCCUCGUGCAAAUAUGUGGAUGAUGUGCCAUUUGUCUCAAGGCCUUAUUACAGAAGCAAAGAAAGCAAAACCUAAUGAUCCAAAGGAAAAUCCACCUAGAAGACCUGCAUCAUGUGUUCUGAUUCUUCCACCUCAUCUCAUACUUCAAUUGACUUGUUGCAUAUUACAUGGUUUUAUGGUAUAUAUGACAUGGACAUUAUUAAUGCAAUCAAUUUUAAUUCUAUUUA